CGCAUUGAUUGAUUCAUUCAACUCUCAAAGCAUCGCAAGUCUUAGCUACUGAAAGAAUCGUAACAAACAAAGGAGAGAGAUCAAGAAGAGUCAUGGUGUCACCGAAACGGAGUGAUACAACCCCGCCUGACGGAAGCAGCAGCGGCAAGAGACCUCCACCUUCUUCUUCCGGAGAUAAACCUCCUUUACCCAAACGCCAAAAGGUUUCUGAUGGAGACGGCGCUUCGGUGGCUAAAGAAACUGAUACUCUGAAUCCUGCGGCGGGUUCUGGUAAAUGCAACGUUCCAACCUCCGUAGACGCCAAGAUUGAGGCCUCUGCAGCUGCGUCACCACCAUCUGUUGCGAAAGUCGCAACACCGAAGUUGCAAGAGAAGCCAGAUACGAUUACUUUUAAAGGAUGGAUAUAUGAACACGGUAGCUAUAACAGCCCCUGGUGUCGAUUUCUAGCAGAGUCUCAACAGUAUCCAAGCCUAAACAUUCUUGAUUCAACCUUCACUCUUGGUUCUAGUAGAUCAUGCGGCUGCGAAUUACAUGACCUCGAACUCAGUUCCUUCUUGUGCAGAAUCACAAGAAUUCAGCGCAAAGGCAAUGUUGUAGGGAUUCUAGAGGCCACAGGAAGCAGGGGACCUGUGUGGAUAAACAGAAAGCCUGUCGUGAAGAAUGAUUGCCAUGUGCUAAACUCUGGUGACGAAGUGGCUUUUGGUAUUCUCAAGAGCUUUGCUUUUAUAUUUCAGCAAAUGACAGCAAAAGUUACUGCAAAAGCUGGUUUAGUACAGGUCCCUGCAGGAAAGUUUCUAGAUUUAGAGAGAAAGGCAAGAGAUCCAACAGGCAAUUCCAUUAUCACAACGUUAGCAACCUUACAGCAGGACUCAUCUCAUCGAAAAUCAUCCCGUAAGAGCCACCAAGCGCCAGGGAAGCCUGCUACAUCUGUUGACAGCGUGGAAGGAAUUUUAUCUGUUGACAAUCAAAGUAAUAAAGCUGCAGAUAGUGGAGCAGUCAGCAGCCACAAUCAAGAUUCCAAUAUGGAGAUGUUAGAGGAAAACGAGGUGAUAAGAAGUCCACAACAAGCUUCAACAUCAGGCAAUGAUCUGCGAUCUGCAAUAAUCAGAGAAGGCAUUCAAGCUGGAAUUUUCGGAGGCGAAAGCUUGGAAGUUUCAUUCAAAACAUUUCCCUAUUAUUUGAGUGAAAAUACAAAGAGUAUCUUAAUAACUACUUCAUAUGUACAUCUCAAGAAAAAAGAAUAUGCCAAAUAUACCUCCAACAUGACCACUUUGAACCCAAGGAUAUUGCUUUCUGGUCCCACAGGGUCUGAAAUAUACCAAGAAAUGUUAGCUAAAGCGCUUGCCAAUCACUUCGAGGCGAAAUUGCUAAUAUUUGACAGUAAUCCAAUUCUGGUGGCUUUGGCUGCUUCUAGAAAGUCAUGUAACCUUCCCACUCAGAGUCUUGAGGUCACUGAUCGUGGGAAAAACUCGGAUUUUUCAGCCAGUGCUUCUAGUUCUAGCCCUUCUCCUGCUACUUCUUCUGGUGCCGACUCCCAGACAAAGUUGGAGCCGGAGACUUCAUUCAGAACUCCAGUGAAUCAUACUUUGAAGAAAGGUGACAGGGUAGAAUUCAUUGGUAGUGAGGAUUAUCUGGAGUCGUCAACCUUAGGCUUAAGGGGACCUCCUCCUGGGUCUAAAGGGAAAGUAAUUUUAGUAUUUGAUGAGAAUUCUUUAGCUAAAGUGGGUGUUAGAUUUGAUGAGCCAAUACCUGAUGGAGUUGAUGUUGGUCUACUGUGUGAACUGGGAUAUGGGUUCUUCUGCAAAGCUACUGAUCUUCAGUUCGAAAGCUUGGGUUCUGAGGAUCUAGAUAACUUACUUGUUGACACAUUGUUUGAGGUUGUCCAUGCUGAGAGCAGAACUUGUCCGUUUAUUAUAUUUUUGAAAGAUGCUGAGAAAUCUGUUGUUGGAAAUUACGAUUUGUACUGUGCGUUCAAAAGAAGACUUGCAUAUCUCCCACAAAACAUAAUUGUGAUCAGUUCACAGACACAUUCUGAUAAUCUCAAGGAGAAGUCUCAUCCUGGAGGUCUAUCUUUCACUGCUUUCCUUGGCUUACCUUUACCAGAUAUUGGACGACUACAUACACGAGGGAAGGAAGUUCCAGAGAAAUCAAAACGUCUAACGGAGCUCUUUGGGAAUAAAGUUACUAUUCAAAUCCCACAGGAUGAGGAAGAACUUACAUCCUGGAAGUAUCAGUUGGAUCGUGAUGCUGAGAUUUUGAAAAUGAAGGCUAAUUUCAAUCACUCGCGCAUGGUGUUGGGACGAUGUGGUCUGGAAUGUGAAGGAAUCGAGACGCUGUGCAUGAAGGAUCUAGCACUUCAAAGCGACAGUGCAGAAAAGAUCAUUGGAUGGGCUCUUAGCGACCAUCUAAGGCGUAAUCCUGAUACUGAUCCAGAUACUAGGGUUAUUGUGUCUCGUGAUAGCAUAGAAUUUGCAAUAGGACUCUUCCGGGCUGUGCUAAAUGGUUCUACGAGCUCAAAGAAGUCUCUCAAGGACAUUGUGACAGAUAAUGGGUUUGAGAAGCGGCUUAUAAGUGAAGUUAUUCAGCCCAGUGACAUUGAUGUUACAUUUGAUGACAUUGGGGCACUUGAGAAAGUCAAAGAUACCUUAAAGGAACUGGUUAUGCUUCCUUUACAACGGCCUGAACUUUUUUCCAGGGGGCAAUUAACAAAGCCAUGUAAAGGAAUUCUCUUAUUUGGACCUCCUGGAACUGGAAAGACCAUGCUUGCAAAAGCAGUGGCAAAGGAAGCUGGUGCGAACUUCAUCAACCUCGUAAUGUCAAGCAUCGCAUCUAAGUGGUUUGGUGAGGUUGAGAAGUAUGUCAAAGCUGUCUUUUCGUUGGCCAGUAAAAUUUCACCUAGCGUUAUAUUUGUGGACGAGGUGGACAGCAUGCUAGGCCGAAGAGAAACCCCGGGGGAACAUGAAGCCAUGCGGAAGAUGAAAAAUGAGUUCAUGAUACACUGGGACGGUCUAAAGACAAAGAAAAUGGAACGUGUUCUGGUUCUUGCAGCCACAAACCGGCCUUAUGACCUUGAUGAGGCUGUCAUUAGACGGUUGCCCCGUAGGUUGAUGUUAGGACUACCAGAUGCUCCAAAUAGAGCAAAUAUAUUAAAGGUUAUACUUGCAAAAGAAGACUUGUCCCCUGAUUUGGAUAUUGAUGGGGUUGCUAGGAUGACUAAUGGAUAUUCUGGAAGCGACCUUAAGAAUCUAUGUGUUACUGCUGCCCACCGUCCAAUCAAGGAGAUAUUGGAGAAGGAAGAAUAACUUUUAUAUAUGUUGAGUUAACUUGUCUAUAGAAUAAAAAUAUGCUUAUGAUGGAUGGGACAUUAUGGUAGGAGCGAGAUGCUGCUCUGGCUGAAGGCAAAGAUCCUCCAGCUUUAAGUGGAAGUUCUGAUAUCCGAGCUAUGAACAUGGCAGAUUUCAGAUACGCAC